UCACAUUGACAAAUGCAGUACCGUGCAAAAGUGGAGUCCCGUGCACCUUAGUCAUAUACGUGUGCCUUAGACUUUUGCACAGUACUGUAUAUAAUCUGGGGCUGCUGGAGGGGCUUAGUUGACUGACAUCUGUUCUCAUGAAAGGUCAAGUGAAGGUUUACAGAGCUCUGUUUGCGUUUGAACCCAGAACACCAGAUGAAUUGUAUUUUGAUGAAGGGGACAUACUUUAUAUUUCAGAUAAUAGUGAUCCCAAUUGGUGGAAAGGCACAUGCAGAGGUCGAACAGGAUUAAUUCCAAGUAACUAUGUUGCUGAGCAUGUAGAGUCAAUUGACAACCCAUUACAUGAAGCUGCCAAACGUGGGAAUGAAAGCUGGCUAAAAGAAUGUUUAGAUAACAGAGUUGCAGUGAAUGCUUUGGACAAAGCUGGAAACACAGCUCUCUAUUGGGCUUGUCAUGGAGGACAUCUGGGAAUAGUGAAGCUUCUGCUUUCCCAGCCAAAUAUUGAAUUAAAUCAACAGAAUAAACUGGGAGACACAGUCGUCCAUGCUGCUGCAUGGAAGGGAUAUGAAGAUAUCUUGGAGUUGUUGCUUUUGAAAGGUGCAAGAAUAGAUCUGAAAAACAAUGAGAAAAAAGUGCCACUUGAUAUGGCUAUCAAUCCACAAUGUUCUUCUCUUCUUAAGAAGAAAUCUGGUCAAGGCAUCAUAAGGACUGCAAGUAAUGCAGAGGAAUACCUUGAUGAUGAAGAUUCUGAUUAAAGUACAUUCCAAAGUUAGAACAUCAAACUUGUAUCAAUAUUUCUCUGUUUGUUUGCUUGCAAUUUUAUAACUACAUCAUUAUCAUGGAAAUUUUUACACUUCUGUGCUGAUCAUGUAGUUUCCGUUUGGGCAAAUGCUAUAAUUUUCUGAAUGCCUUGCCCCUUCCCCGCACCCCAAGUAGGAAUGAGCUUUUACUGCAAGUUUUUAUUUGAAGAAUUAGAUUGAUAGCAAUUUAAUUCAUUUGUUAUGUAUAAGAUAUGGGUUUUAUAUCACAGCUUUGUAACAAAAUCCCCAGUCUGAAAAUCCUUUAAUUGGUGAGUAUUUCUAAAUAUAAUAUAUCCAGUGUGACAAUCAGAAUGAAUUAGUUUGAAAACUAGUUUGUGUGCUUUUUUCACCCAAACCAGGUUUAUGUAUAUAUUUAACACAGGGCGUCAUGAAAUGUUUGUUGUCUGGUUUGUCUAAUCAGCACAAGGCACAAGCCAAAGCAUAUAUUUUUCACUGUAUAGCUCUCAAAGCCCUGACCAUAGUUGCCACAAACCAAAGUAUGACUACUCUUAGUAUUUAAAAAAAUGUAUUUUAAUGGGUACUUUAAAACAUAAACAUAAGAAUUAUCAUAUUUCUUCCUACAUCCACACAUGGUAAUUGAAUUUACUUACCACAACCCACUUACAACUACUGCCAUAAUUCUGCUGUUUGGAUGCUUUUACAGCAGUACUCUGUGCAUCCUGUAGAAUCGCCUUGUUUUUAAUGACAACUGCAAACAGAGCUUUUUACUGUUGGAAAUAAUUAUCCAUGUGGGUCCUUAAUUUUCUUCUGAUAGUUAUGCUACAUGAAGCUAUUGCAAGAAAGGGCAUUUUGCUACUGGCUUUCUGAAAAUGGUGGACUGGCAGCUCAUUUAAGUCAGUGGAGAGUUUUGCACAAAUUUCAUUUAUUGUUAAGUUGCUCCCCCACCCCCUUACAUACUUAUUAUCAUUAACUAGACAAAAAAUGUGUAAAUAUUUUGAAUGCCCACAUCUGGACACAUAAAUACCAGUUGAAAUGUAAAAUGAGCCAUUAGGUUUGGUCAUGGUUUGAAUGCUAUACUUUUUACCUCAUCAUAUUAAAUAUAUAUCAUUGAAAAGUUCUACUAAAGGAAUAUAACUUUUCCUUCUUGUCUAACUUUAGAAUAAAGAGAUUACUGAUUUUACCCAGUUUCCAAUCGGGCAUUUAGCAGAACUGGGAAGUGCAAUUAUGGCAUCACUUUAUUUGAGGAAGACUCUGAUCAGACAAGUUACUUGGCUUCAUUAAAAGAAAACUAAUUAAAAAUGGAAUAAAGGAAAUGCUUCACAAAUCUCUAUUAUAAAGUGUCCUGUCCUGUUGGUCUCAUUCAUAUUAGUAUGUACCUUAUCAUUUGAUCUUCACUGUACACUUGUUAACUUUUACCUCUUUUAGUUGGUUUUAUCAAUUAUGAGAGUUGAAAUCAUAAGUGUAGAAAAUCAAAGGAUUUGAUUUGUGACAGAAAAGCUAAAAUUGCAGAGAUUGCUUAUUGCUUUGUGACCUAAUAUUUUUAAAAACCUAAUGCUUGAAUCCAAUGAAAACUAGUGAAAAUUGUAAUUUUGAAUAUGAGAUGUGAACAUAUCUCUCCAAUGAAUUUAAGAUUUUGAGCACUAAAUUAAUCUUUGCCACUAUUAAAUUCCAGGUCCAUCAUUUGUCGCAAAAAAACUAAGUGCAAUUUUGAAUAUUUUGCUACAUAAUUUAAUGUAUGAUGUCAUAGAAUUGCUGCCUCUGCACAUGGAAUAAAUUUUGAACAAAAUAGAACAUUGGAGUUUUGUUAAUAGCUCAAAGUACAGUUGAGCCAUGAAAUAUUGCUCCCUUCAGAUCAUUGCAUCAUCAGUGGAUUUAGAAAUCACUUCAGCUUUGUAGAGCCUCAGUUAUAGAAGCAGGAUUAGACAUGUUGCCUCUUAUGCAUGCUGUGCCAUUAAGUGGGAGUAUAGCUGAUCUUUUAUCUCAUUGAAAUUUGCUACCUAGCCUCUUAAGAUCUACAAUUCUAUGGAUUCCUGUUUCUAAUAUGCCCAUCAGUGAGGCCUCUUUAUAUUAUCCCGAAUACUGUAUACAGUAAUCUUGUUCAAUAAUUUCUUGUGUAUCAAAGUGUUGCAGGGCUGCUGAAUGUCCAAAUAUACCAUAUCAAUUAUUUGGCUUCUGUUUAUAUUGAUGGUUACGACCUCCAAACAAAAUUUCCAAAAUAUUUGACUAAUAUGCUUUAAUAACUCCAUGUAGAUUCUGCCCAGUCCUAUUACUUCUAAUGGCAUAUUACCGCCUCAUUAUGGAUUCCUGCUAUUUCCCUAUUAUCAAUGUCAUGUUAACUGGCCUGGUGUUCACUAUUUUUUUCUCCUUUGUCAGCAGAAUCACAUUUGCUAAUUUGCAAUCUGUGGGAAUCAUUCUAGAACAGUGUUAACAAGGCAAUGUUCACUAUCACUAGAGAUGCAGCCUUCAAAACCCGAGUGAGCACAUCAGUUCCUAGUAAUUUAUUAUCCUUCAUUCCCAUUAACUUCUCCAGUGCAGGUUUUUUAACUAAGACUUUUUCUUAAGCUCAAUUAUUUUGCACUUGCAGAGUUCCAAUAUUAGCUGGAUAGUUUCUUUGACAAUGGACAGAAAGCAUUGCUUAAUGUAUGCUGUUUCUCCUUUCACCAGUCUACGUUCCCUGUCUGCUUCUGUAAGGGCCUAAAAGAACUGUUUCCUUUUUUGCAUACACUGAUUUCUUGCUUAGUGGGCCCCACUGUAUUCCCAUGAAAGACAGCACUCAUGGAAUUGUGGUCAAGUAUUAUCAUUGAUAAAGUGAUACUACUGACAGUGCACCUGUAUCAGGAACCCGACCUGAGAUGCCAUUCCUGCAAAGCAGCAUUGAGAAUCUGGAGUGAACCCAUGUCCUUGCUGUUGCUGCUCAUUGCCCUGCUGGGAACCUGGAAUAACUCGUGAUGUGUUAUCCUGCAGGAUGUUGUGGAAAGCCUGCUAAUGAGGCCUGGUGUUGGGUGGAAUGGGAUGACUAGUGUAGUCGCUCAGUACUGAACUCUGUCCAAGCUGAUUACUAAACACUAGUGUACACCAAAUCUAUUUUAGACUUCUCUCAUUUCCAUCCCUUUACCCUAGGCAUCACACCUUGGGCAAUUUUUUUUUUUGGUGCCAGAGCCUUGGUGACCACUUUUUUCAAUGUGUUUGCCUUGGAUGAAAGAUUUUGUGACUGGUCCCCCACGUCCUCCUCACAGCGCAGUUUUUUUUUUACAAGGCCGAGUUGCGAGCUCGACAAUCAAAGUGUGUCCGGGAGCAGCCCGACUGGAUUCGAACCCCGGAAGCUUUGUUCCGGAGUCCGGCGCUGAUGUCACUGCGUCACCAGUGGCCAAUUAAUGUACCACCCUUCAUGUCUUUGGGACUUGGGAAGGAAGUCAUGUGAUUACAUGCAAACUUCACACAAACUUCACAGAGAUCAAAAUUGAAAAUGAGUCAUUGCAACUGUGAGUCACAUCUGGUUCCCAGCACAGCACCACUUAGUAGCAGAUGGUAUAGGGGUCUUUAUGAUGGGUUCCUGCCAGGAUAUCAGGCAGUUAGUCUUUUUUUUUGACAUAAGCUAGAGUAGGGUACUAAUUUGUGAGUGUUCAGACUGCAGGACCACUGAUUCAGUGCUCUGCAAAGUAAUACCAAAUAGCAAAAUUACAUAGCCACAGAAGCUUCUUCACUCUGUUUAUUUUAAUGAUCUUUGCCAUAUUCUCAUAGUACAGUUUUCCUUUCCUUAUCAAUGUCAUGAUCCUCCAGAGUUUGCUCAACUCUGAAGCCUUCUCAAACCUCAAGCUUACUUUAUUGUUGGCAGGAUGUGUAUUUGCUUUCAGCCUGAUAUUAUCGUGAUCUUCUCUCAUUGGUCACAGCUAGACCACUUUUAUUGGGUUUCUUUGCCUUAAAGAAUAUCUUCUUGUGACGAGCCUUAGGAUGGAGGAGGUUCUAGUUUGUGGGCUCUGGGGUGGCCUGAGACUCUUUAUCAAUGGAGAGAACAUUUCCAGAGACAGCAGGGAAAUCGGUCAUUUGCAUAAUGAUACUCUGUCAUUUAUACUGGCCUUCUAUUAUCACUAUCUCCUAAUGUGCCCACUAACUACUGGAUCAGCAAACAAUCCUUUCUCGGUAUAUAAUGCUGGAUUUCAGCACAAAAAGUCCAUGCUGAAACCAUUUAAGCUGUCUACUUCCAUUGAUCUGCACUGGGACGUUAGCCCUAUUAUCCAUGUACCUAUCUAAACUUCUCUUAAACAUUGAAUUUGAGCUCACAUGCACCACUUGUGCUGGCAACUCAUUCUACACUCUCACAGCCCUCUGAGUGAAGAAGUUCCCCCUUAAACUUCUCACCUUUCACCCUUAACCCAUGACCUCUGGUUGUAGUCCCACCCAAUCUCAGUGGGAAAAGCCUACUUGCAUUUACCCUAUUUAUAUCCCUUGUAAUUUUGUAUAUCUCUAUCAAAUCUCCUCUCAGUCACCAAUGUUCUAAAGAAUACAGUCCUAUUCAAUCUGCCUUUAUAACUCAGGUCAUCCAGACCCCGCAACAUCUUUGUAAAUGUUCGCUGUACUCUUUCAACAUUGUUUACAGUUUUCCUGUAAGUAGGUGACCAAAACUACAAACAAUACUCCAAACUAGGCCUCUCCAAUGUCUUAUAGAACUUCAACAAAACAUCCCAUCUCCUGUGCUUAAUACUUAGAUUUAUGAAGGCCAAUGUGCCAAAAGCUUUCUUUACUACCUUAUCAACCUCUGACGCCACUUUCAAUGAAUUAUUGACCUGUAUUCCUAGAUCCCUUUCUUCUACCACACACCUCAGGGCCCUACGAUUCAUCGUUCAAGACCUACCCUGGCUGAUCCUACUAAAGUUCAACCCCUCACACUCGUCUGCAUUAAAUUCCAUCUGCCAUUUUCCAGUCUAUUUUUCUAGCUGAUCCAGAUCCCUCUGCAAUCCAUGAUAGGCUUACUUGCAGUUCACUAUACCCUCAAGCUUGGUGUCAUCUGCAAAUUUGCUGAUCCAGUUAACCACAUUAUCAUUCGGAUUGUUGAUAUUUAUGACAAACAACAACAGACCCAGCACUGAUCCUUGCAGCACACCACUAGUCACAGGCCUCCAGGCAGAGAGGCGACCCUCAACCACCACUCCGGCUUCUCCCACAAAGCCAAUGCCUAAUCCAAUUUACUACCUCAUCCCGAAUGCUGAACAAUUGAACCACCUCGACCAGCCUCCCAUGCAGGACCUUGUCAAAUUCUUUACUAAAAUCUGUGUAGAUAGCAUCCACUGCCUUGCCGUCAUCCACUUUCUUGGUAACUUCCUCAAAAAACUCUAUGAUUGGUUAGGCAUGACCUACAACUCAGAAAGCCAUGCUGACUAUCUGUAAUCAGUUCACAUCUAUCCAAAUAUUUAUAUAUCCUGUCCCUUAGAAUCCCUUCAAAUAACCUUCCCACAACUGAUGUCAGACUCACUGGCCUGUAAUCUACUGGUUUAUGUUUAGAGUCUGUGUUGAACAGUGGAACAACGUUGGCUAUCCUCUAAUCCUCUGGGUACCUCUCCUGUCGUUCAGGAUGUUUUAAAUAUCUCUGCAAGGGCUGUCGCAAUUUCUGCACUUGCCAACUGUAGGCUCCCAGGGAACCCUUGUCAUUCUCUGGGGAGUUAUCCACCCUGAUUUGCCACAGCUCAGCCAACACCUCCUCCUCUGUAUUCUGUAUAGGAUCCAUGAAACUGGUGCCGCUUUGCCUCAUUUCUACAGACUGAAGCAAAAAAUCUAUUUAAGAUCUUCUGCAUCUGUUUUGAGUCCACACAUAGAUUGCCAUUCUGAUCUGCAGAGGACCAAUUUUGUCCCUUCCAAUCCUUUUGCUCCACCAUAUCUGUAGAAUCCCUUGGGAUUCUCCUUGACCUUAUUUACUCUGGCAACUUCAUGCCGCCUUUUAGCCUCCUGAUUUCUUAAGAGUCAUCUGGCAAUUCUUAUACUCCAUAAGCACCUCACUUGUUCCUACCAGCCUGUACCUGCUAUGCACCUCCACUUUUUCUCUUAACCAGGGCCUCAACACUUAAAAACCUAGGUUCCCUACACUUGUUAUCUUUACCUUUUAUUUUGACAAACACAUACAGGUUUUGUGCUCUCAAAGUUUCACUUUUGAAGGCCUCCCACUUACCAAGUAAACUUUGCCAGAAAACAGCCUGUCCCAAUCCACAUACCAGAUCAUUUCUGAUACCAUCAAAAUCAGCCUUUCUCCAAUUUAGAACGUCAGCCUGCAGACCAGUCAUAUCUUUUGGCAUAUUUGCCUUGAAACUAAUGGUAUUGUUAUCACUGGAUGUAAAGUGUUCCCUUACACAAAUUCUAUCAUUUACCCUGUCUCAUUCCCUGAUGUAGAUCAAGUAUCGCAUUCUCUCUCUCUCCCUCUCCCUCCCUCCCUCCCUCC